AUGAUAAAAAGCACCAGCAGAAUCUUUAGUUUGUCAAUUCAAAGAAGUCUCCAGCUUCACAAUCCAAGAGCGUUCACAAAUGCGGCCAGAAACUUGUCAGAACAGCAGAGAUUCUUGCUAGCCAGAACCAUAAAUGCACCAGCUGCCGAUGUCUACGACGUUGUUUCUAACAUAUCAGAUUAUAAAAAGUUCAUGAAAUACUGCACGGAAUCGGUCGUUACCAAAAAAGAUGAAGCAACAGGAAGGCCGACUCAGGCUGGGUUGACGGUCGGAUUUCUGCACUACGAUGAGAGCCUCGAGUGUGAAGUCCAAUGUGUGCAGGAAAAAAACGGCAAUUACACUGUGGUGGCCAAUUCAUUGACCCAUAGCUUGUUCAACGCAUUGCAAACACAUUGGUGCAUCAAACCGCACCCGUUGAGGCCCAGUGCUACAGAGGCAGUACUGUGCCUCGAGUUUCAAUUCAAAAGCAGUCUGUACAACAAUGUGGCAUCCAUUUUCGGGAAAAGCGCCGCGGAACAUGUCAUGAAGUCGUUCGAAAAACGAAUCUUCAGCUUGAAGCGACAGAAUGCCAAAAACAAAGCUGGUGAUACUGCGGAAAGAGCAACCCUCAAAAAUUGA